GUUGUGGAGCCCGUCGCCAGUCCGUACACGUACCCGACCGCAAUCGCCUGUGUCGUUCGCGACCGACAGCCAGACUCAAUAGCGACACAUCUCACAUUGUAUACCAUAAACGCACAGCAGUUCGCGGGACCGAUCGAGUUCAACGUGGUCGUAUGACCGUAUACGGUGUAGCCGUUUCGUACCUGAUGUGCUCGCGUGUGACCGCGAACGACGAUGCGCCGUCGAAGGUUUUAAUUCAAUAUCUAUAGAUAAAAAUUGUUAAAAAUUCAAGUUUUUCCGUUGGCCCAGUCGGCUAAAUUUGUUUUUGUUCUUUGCCCGCUCAAAGUGCCUUCCAUUUGGCCUACUCAGCUAACUUUAAAACUCUUUUAAAAUGACCACGAACGGUUUCAUUAUCGGCGACGGUUCCUGGAACCUGCAGAUAUACGUGUCCGACCUGCAGGUGGAACGUACGCUCAGAGUCAAAGGAGAUUUGCACAUUGGAGGCGUCAUGCUCAGGCUUGUCGAAGAUUUGGAUAUCGCUAUGGAUUGGUCAGAUCACGCAUUGUGGUGGCCUACUCGUAAUUCAUGGCUGACCAGAACACGAUCUACUUUGGAUCAAUAUGGUGUUCAGGCAGACGCAAAAUUACAAUUCACAAGAAUGCACAAGACAGCGCGGAUCCAAUUACCAGAUCUUCGUUAUAUCGACAUGCGUGUAGAUUACUCCAUCAAAACUUUCAAUGCUGUCAUACAAAUAUGCAAAGAACUAAAUAUCAGACACCCCGAAGAACUUUCAUUGUGCAAACCUCUCGAAGCGCAUCAUUUAAAACAAAAUUUAAAACAAAUGCACUAUAAUGGAAGCCAAGUGCAAACUCCUGUAGAUACAAAUACUUUUAUUGCAAAUAGUCAAAGUCCUUCAGGUUCCGUCGGCAGUUUAGACAUGUCAUCUUCACCGUUCAUCUGUGCUCCUUUAAAAAAUCAUUCAACUCCUGUUAAUUCACCUGUAUCCCAUAAUGGAACAUGGAAGAAAAGUUACAGUAAAACGGAAUUAAACGGCAAUGUGACAUCUUUAGAAAUGUUGAAUGGAUCUUUAGAUACAUCUCUAGCCAACAGCCCCUCGCCAAAUAACGAUAUCCGAAACAAAAUGCUACGGCCAAAAUCUUUGAUAGAAAAAGCUAGAAUGAACGUUGCAUGGCUUGAUUCUUCUUUAUCAAUCAUGGAACAAGGCAUAAGGGAAUUUGAUACAUUGAAGUUGCGUUUCAAAUUUUAUUCGUUUUAUGAUUUAAAUCCCAGGCUAGAUUCAGUUAGAAUUAACCAAAUCUACGAACAAGCGAAAUGGAGUCUACUUAAUGGAGAAAUUGACUGCACCGAAGAGGAAGCGUUUAUGUUUGCUGCAUUACAAUUACAAAUAAAUUUAAAAGCUGGUGUACCUCAGCCUUUAAUAGAGCCCGUUGGCGGCGAAGAUGACAUUGAUGCUGCCUUAUCAGAUCUACAAAUUACAUUGGAAGGUUUCCAACCGCCUUCGAGCAUUAGCAGCAUGAACUAUGCACCCGAACUUUCAGACUACUUGAGAUUUUUUAAGCCUAAGAAAUUUACCCUCAAAGCUUUCAAACGAUAUUGGUUCACUUGUCGAGAUUUGCACUUGAGAAUGUAUAAAACGGCAGAAGAAGCACAAAUGGGCGCUCCACCAGUGCACAGUGUCAGUUUAAAAGGUUGCGAAGUCACACCAGACGUUAACAUUUCCCAAAACAAAUUUGGCAUCAAAUUGGAAGUGCCUAGUUCUGAUGGCAUGACUGAGAUGUGUAUCAGAUGUGAUACUGAAGAGCAAUAUGCCAAAUGGAUGGCUGCAUGCAGAAUAGCGGCCAAAGGACGUCCGUUAUCAAUUAACACGUACGAGUCUGAAGUCAAAUCUAUCAAAGCUUUUCUAGAAAUGCAACAUCCAGCUGUCAUACAAUCGCCCGUCAUUAGUCCAUCAUCGUUAGAUAUCAAUACCGAAGACUACAUACCUCAUAGAUACGCUAGAAAACUUAAAGGCAAAUUGGUACAACGCGUUUUGGAAGCCCACUCAAACGUCAAAGAUCUAAACUUAAUGGAAGCUAAGAUGAACUACAUCAAAGCGUGGCAGUCGUUACCCGAAUUCGGUAUUUCUCUAUUUGUUGUCAAAUUCAUGGGACACAAAAAAGACGAGUUGCUAGGAAUAGCAUAUAACCGGCUUAUGAGAAUGGAUAUUUCCACGGGAGACCAUAUAAAAACUUGGAGAUUUAAUACAAUGAAGGCAUGGAACAUCAAUUGGGAAGUGAAACACAUGAUGGUACAGUUCGAAGAAGGUAACAUAAUUUUCGCCUGUCAGUCGGCCGAUUGCAAAGUAAUACACGAAUUCAUUGGCGGCUACAUCUUCUGUUCGAUGAGAUCUAAAGAAGCCAACCAGACACUUAACGAGGAACUUUUCCACAAAUUGACUGGCGGGUGGUCUUAAUCAUAUCACUUAAUCUAGUUAGGCUUUCAUAACUAUUGACCGACCGCUAUCUCGAAUUACCUAACCAUUUAGUUGUAUAGCGACUUAAAAAUCAACUUUAUGUAUAUUGUAGCACAGUUGUUUUUCACAAUAUUUCAAUAUGUUUAGUGUCACGUUUCGCCUUAACAGUUUUUAACUUUAAUGAGAUAUGUUUAUUUGAUGUAUGUUUUAUUUGUCCUAAGUCUGAACGAUAACAAAUGGUGGCAACCUACACUAGACGUUAAUUAUAUUAUUUCUAUAAUAAUUGUUUUUUCUGACACACCUCGCUCGUGUUAGUUAUUUAUUACAAAUAAUUUAAUUGUUUUCAAACAAAAUUAAUUAUUUUUCUUUGUUAAACUUAAAAUAUAUUGUAUGUAAAAGUAUUAAAAUUCAUAUUGUAAGUAGCAAACAUGUUAUAAUAUUUUAAGUAAACAACUGUGGGACGUUAAGUAAAUUAGUGUUAUAAAAUAUAGUAAUCGUUUUUAAAAAUUUGCCAUAGUAUAUUACAAAUUGUUAUUGUUGUAAUGUCGUAUGUGUUUGACUACUGGCGUCGUGUAAUUAUUUAAGAUGAUAAAUUUAAUUGCAUGUCGUUUUACAGUAAACUUUGUAGUCAAAUGAAGCUUUUAUCAUGAACUGUUGUAUUCAAAAUUGUAGUCAUCAUAAUGCCAUUUUGUUUAAUUUGAGCUAAAUAAUUGAUUAAUUGUUAUAUAAACAUUGUUAAAACUAACAACACACACUAAAAGUGUUGAAAAUUAUAUUUUUACUUACAUUUUUACAAAUUAUUAUAUUUUUUUAUGGAUGAAUAAUUUAUAGUAUUAUAUAAAUAUUCGAAAACGGCGUUAUCUACGAACAACCUAACAACGAAUUUUAGUGGUAUUAUAGGUAAAUGUCACUGACUUAAUAAAUGUAUUUUAUUUCUCAAUUCGCGUUUAAAAUACUUAAAUUAGAGUACAGGUUAAUAAUUGUGAAACGUUCUUUAAUUUAAUGACCUUAUGAAUACUAACUACCACAAAAUUUAAUUUUAUUACAAUUUUUUUUUCUCGCCCUUUUUACUAUGUUAUUAUAAGUAAAUGUUAUUUAAGAUUAUCAAUGUCAUAAUUUAUAGGAUUAGAAAGGUGCUUCAUACCAAAACCCUCUUUGUAACACUGUUAUAACAUUGUAACUUAAUUGUUGUUGUCUUAAUUUUUGUUUUAAAUGUGAAUUUAUUGUGUAUAUAAAUAUAUAUAUUAUAUUUUAUAAUA